AUGUCGAGGAAACUCUCUUCGACCUCACAGGAGGGAACACCAAUUCAACGUUCGAAUCGACUCUCGACCUUUACUUUCUUAAUCUCUGUCGCAGCUCUCCUCUCAGUUCUUACGACCCCGUUCAUCUCAACUUUCUUUGGUCCCGUCGUACCUCCGUUGGCUGAGCCUCCGGAGUCUGUCAUAGACAAACAAAGCGUGCUUGCUCGAUGUGCGGCACUCAAAGCCGUCCCAGGUCUUGCGCAGAAUUCCUCCCCGAGGGACGAGUCGGACAGGUUCGAAGCUGGGACGAACGCCACCUGGAUUCGCAACGCUGUUAUUUUCACUGGGGAGAACAACGGAACGACGGUCAUUCGCGGGGACCUUUUUCUGGACAAAGGGAUUGUCAAAGGGAUUGGCAAGGUUUCAAGACGGAUGAUCGACAACGCUCCCAAUCUGACUGUUAUCGAAGCUCACGGUGCUUGGGUCACUCCUGGGCUUGUGGACUUGCACUCCCAUCUGGGAAUCUUCAGCUCUCCGAUUUUAUCAGGAGCAGUCGAUUUCGAUUCCACGAAGGGUCCUAUUUUGCCCUGGCUAAGGGCUAUCGACAGUCUCAAUACGCAUGAUGAAGGAUACCGGCUGGCAGUUGCGGGAGGAGUUACGACUGUGCAAGUAGUCCCUGGGGAUAAUAAUCCAAUCGGUGGACAGGCCUUUAUGGUGAAGCUUCGCAAAACAUUGGACGGGUCUUCCUCAUCGAUGAUAGUGGAGCCACCGCUUAAUCUAAAUUCGGUCAAAGCCGAUCGUCUUAAACCAGUUCCUUGGCGACACUUGAAGCAGGCGUGCGGAGAAAAGCCCAGGCGCUAUGGAAAUCGAAUGGACAUCAUGUGGGCAUUACGCUCGGCCUACGGAGAAGCGCGCAAUCUCAUGCAAUCACAAGAUGCCUACUGCGCGAAAGCCGAGGCAGGUUUGUGGGGAUCGGUGAGCGGUGGGUUCCCAGAAAAUCAGAAAUGGGAGCUGUUGGUAGACGUGCUUCGCGGAAAGGUCAAAGUUUCAAGCCAUUGUCAAGAAGCCGUUGAUUUAGAUGCAAUGGUCCGGCUGACCAACGAGUUCCAAUUCCCGAUCGCGUCAUUUCACCAUGCAUCGGAGGGGUGGCUUGUUCCAGAGUUAUUGAAGCGAACCUGGGGAGGUAUCCCCACACUCGCAAUAUUCGCGACUAACCACCGGUACAAACGGGAGUCAUUCCGCGGCUCGGAGUACGCCAGUCGCGUUCUAGCAGACAACGAGAUCUCCGUGGCGAUGACGAGUGACCAUCCCGUCUUGAAUCCUCGUUAUCUCGCAUAUGAAGCCCAACAAGCGCAUUAUUUCGGUCUUCCUCCACAUCUAGCACUUGCUUCUAUAACCUCCGUUCCAGCUGCAGCUGUAGGGUUGGACCAUCGUAUUGGUAUUUUGACAGAGGGGGCUGACGCUGAUGUUGUGUUAUGGGACUCUCAUCCACUUCAGCUAGGUGCGACGCCUGUGAACGUGUGGAUUGACGGGAUAAUGCAAAUCCCGGUGCCAUCCAAGACAGGCGAGAACAAUCAUAUCGAAGUAGGAAAGGGGAAAGAAAGCGAUGAGUGGAGGAGAGUGCCCACCGUUCCCAGUUGGGACAGGGAGCGCAAGGAUGCUAUUCUAUGGGACGGCCUUCCCCCUCUGGAUGGAAAUAAACAAAGCCGGGUUGUUUUCACUAAUGUCAAGAAAGUCUGGAACAAGGAAUCUGAUGGCAACAUCCGAGAAACGCUCGUUCCGGGAGCAAGUGGAGGCACCGUCCUUGUUGAGAAAGGCAACAUAAUCUGCACAGGCGAAAACUGUGUUGAUGUGGCAGCAGAGUCGAAUCUAGUAGAUCUUCACGGCGGCUCUAUCUCUCCUGGCCUGAUGUCGUAUGGAUCUCAACUCGGGUUAGAAGAGAUCGCCAGUGAACCUUCCACCGGCGAUAGCGAGCUACUUGAUGCUUUCAAUGGCAAUCUGCCGAGGAUACUAGAUGACGUUGGCGGCGUUGUACGGGCUGUCGAUGCUCUGAUGUUUGGAACACGAAACGCAUUAACUGCUUACCGCUCAGGUGUAACGCUGGCGACGACAGCACUUGCCAAACCAAUUUUUCUCUCCCGCGGCCAUUUUGUAUCGGGGUUGUCCACGACCUUUGGGACAGGCUCUAAGCACGCGAUGGAAAGGGGGGCCAUUGUGCAAGACGUGGUUGCUCUGCAUGUGGUCCUUGGCAGAUCCAGUCCACUUUUACCAAAGAGCGUUAGCGUUAGCACACAGAUAGCGGCCUUGAGAAGGUUGUUAUAUGGUUGGGUGAGUACAGAUAAGGAGACGGGCAUAUGGUUUAGGAAAGCUGCGGAGGGCGUUGUACCGCUGGUGAUAGAAGUCGACAACGCGGAUAUAAUGGCAUCGCUUCUGAUUUUGAAGGCAGACGUCGAGGACAAAAUUGGAUCCCGGAUGAGGAUGGUUUUCUCUGGCGCCACAGAAGCCCACCUCCUGGCCAAUGAAAUUAGCAAAGCAGAUGUAGGCGUGCUUCUCAAUCCCGCCAGACCUUUCCCUACUGUUUGGGACCAGCGUAAAAUUCUGCCUGGACCUCCCCUGACGAAUGAUACGGCACUAGUGAUUCUGCUUGAACACGAUAUUACCGUAGGUUUGGGCGUUAGGAGCGCAUGGGACGCUCGAAAUUCAGGAUUUGACAUCCAAUGGGCUAUCCUUGAAUCCAACGGCAGAAUUAACGAGCGCAAGGCAUACGCGUUGGUCUCUUCAGACCUCGAAAAGCUUUUGGGAGUUCGAAAUAUCGGGGAGGAUGCGGAUCUAGUGGUGUAUGAAGGUGGUGGCCUCUUCGAUCUCUCCAGCAAGGUAGUUGGCAUAAUCUCUCCCCAGCGUGAAGUGGUAGAUCUUUUCUGA